CCGCCACUCAACAGAGAGCGGUUACGCCCCGGCGCGCUACCCCGCUACGCCGCGCCACGUCUCUGAACACAACAAGGGCCAGACGAAGCCCUGCAAGAGCGUCACUGAUGCUGGGUAGCGCCCUAGCCAGCCCUAGUAGCACACUGCCCUCGCAGGGCAUACCUUCGUGGCUCUCCGGUGGCCCCCCAGCGCACUGGUUAAUCGCAUUGGCUUAAGCUGACUGAAGAAACUGGCACUAGUUUCAAUUAGAUCCAUUAGAUCUUCGAAAUUCAUCACCUCGGAAACGGGGGAAGCUCGCUCAGACAUGGCAAAGGAUUUCCCCUUGUUUGCUACACUGCGAAUUCUUUCGGUGAUAAUUGUGCAAACUGCAUACGUUCCCGAUGAAUAUUGGCAAAGUUUAGAGGUUGCUCACAAAUUAUCGUUUGGUUAUGGCUAUCUAACGUGGGAAUGGCAAGAGGGCAUUCGAAGUUACGUGUAUCCCCUUGUCCUUACAGGAUUGUACAAGUUCCUGUCAAUUCUGGGCUUGGACAACGUCAAUAUUCUUGUCAUCACUCCUCGCAUCCUUCAAGCGCUUCUGACAGCAUAUGCAGAUGUUUCCAUUUUGGCUUGGAUACGAAAUCCUGCAUAUGGUCGUUCGCCUUGGGCUAAAAUUACAAUUGUAACUUCAUGGUACUUAUUCUAUGUUGGCUCAAGAACUCUUUACAACACUAUUGAGGCUGAUCUCAUUGGGAUUGCAUUGGCUCAAUAUCCCUGGCCAAAUUCUAAAACUUCAGGAAGCAGCAAAUACUUGGUAUGGGGUGGUUUGGCUUGUAUCAUCAGGCCAACUGCUGCAGUUAUAUUACUGCCCCUCUUUGUUUACCAAAUUGUCACCAGUGAAGAAAGAUUGAGAGUUAUCCUAAAAAGUGUCAUCAUUGGAUCCUUUGCUGCUGCUUUAGUAUAUUCUGUGGACACAUAUGCCUCUGAUAGGUCUACUUUCAGUCCUCUAAAUUUCUUUACAGCAAAUAUUUUGCGAAAUGUUGGUAGCUUUUACGGUGAACAUCCAGGAGUGUGGUAUUUAACGAAUGGCAUACCUAUGCUGCUGGGCAUUCAGAUUUUACCAUUUUUGUUUGAAAUUUAUAACAUUGUGAGAGGUCCCAACCGGCAACCAUAUGAUGUUCUCAUGAUGGUUGUAUUUUGGUCCACAGUUUUCAUUUUCAGUUUCCAGCCCCACAAAGAAACAAGAUUUCUCCUUCCUCUAUUGCCCAUUGCAUUGUUUUGGUCUGCUGGUGGUUUGAGUCGAUUUGAGAGAAGUUCAGUAAAACAAACUUGGGGAAGAGCUCAAACAUUUGUGAACCAACUUUCUCGGUUUCUUCCUUGGAUUCUUUUGAUCUCAGCAUCUAUCCCUGCUUUGUAUUUUGGCCUAGUACAUCAGCGAGGUACAUUAGAUGUCAUGCCUUGGCUUUCAAAUCGUGCCAAAACAUGCCCUGAUCAAACAAGGAUACUUUUCCUCAUGCCUUGUCACUCAACACCAUUGUACAGCCAUUUGCAUGUCAAUGUUCCCACACGUUUCCUCACAUGUGUACCUGAUUUACAAACUGUACCUGACCCUGGAUAUGUUGAUGAAGCGGAUUUAUUUUAUGCUGAUCAUGUGGCAUGGCUUGCGAAAGAGUUCCCAGAGACCAAACCAGACCUCUUGUAUUCACACAUUGUCCAUUUUGAUGUGUUGCAAACAAAGCUGGAUCCAUUUCUGAAAUGGGGGAAAUACUCAGAAGCUGCCUCCUUUUUCCACUCUCAUUUUCCCUCAGAGAGAGUUGGCAGUAGAGUUGUCGUGCAGGAACGAGCAGCAUCUUUGACAGGCUGCUCUAUUGGAACAGCGUAGUGGUAAAUAUAUUUUAAGACUGACAGAUUUAAGGAAUAUUAUGCAUAAUGGGACCAUAUGUUUGUUAUUGUGAGUAAGUUUUGCCAUUUGAACAUGUUUUCUUGUUGUUUUUAUUUUACUAAUGACAAGUUAGAUCUCCAGUAAGUUGUUAAUGCUAUGUUUGAUGUGAACUUUAAUUUAUCUAUUUUGGGAUUGAUUGUUUGGUAUGAAUAAAUAUCUUUUGUUUUAAAA